AGACGACUCUGCCCGUUGGUCUUGACUUCCGUCCUGGUCGGUUUACGCAACAGACCAAGACGAACGGUGUCGAGGAGGAAGAUAUCUUUCUCGGACGAAAAGGAAAUCCUCGAGCGAAAGAAUGUUGCGUAUCGUAGCAUCACGCGUGGCCUCGGCGAUGGUGCCCCGAGUGACGGCUACUAGCCUCGUCGGCGUGCAAAGCACCAGGGCGUCCCACGGCCCCAAGGAGACCGACGAGGAGUUCGAUCAGCGAUAUGUCAAUUUCUUCAACCGCAACGACAUCGAUCACUGGGAGAUUCGAAAGGCCAUGAAUGAUCUGGCUGGUAUGGAUAAUGUACCAGAACCAGUAAUUAUAUGCGCAGCAUUGAGAGCUUGCAGAAGAUUAAAUGACUUUGCUCUUGCUGUAAGAUUCUUAGAAUCAGUGAAAGAUAAAACUGGACCAUAUAUCGGCGAGAUCUAUCCUUAUAUUCUUCAAGAGAUCAGACCAACUUUGGAUGAGCUAGGCAUUAGCACACCCGAGGAGCUAGGUUACGACAAGCCAGAAUUAGCCUGUCAAUCAGAAUAUCAUAUGUAACAGGUUAAAAAUUAUACUAUAAAUAUUAGUAUUUAUGUUCUCUUAGUUGCUGCUUCAGAUGCAUAUAAAGAAUGAUUAUCAACAAGGCUGAACUUUUUAUGUAUCCACAUUAUCAGCAGCAUUGUUGAAUAAAAAAAACACAAUUGUA